CCUCCUCUUCUCUCUCUCUCUCUCUCUCUCUCUCCCUCUCUCCCUGCCUCUCCUUCUGUGCAUAUUCAGCAGAGCUGCCCUCCUCUCCUCCUCAUCACUUUACCGCUCCUGCGGCAUUGCUCUUUGCUUGAAGGGGACACUGGCCUGCUCCUCACCCACUGAUUCUGCAUGACUGUCACAAAGAUGUCAUGGCGUCCAACGUACCGAAGCUCCAAGUUUCGAAAUGUCUAUGGAAAAGUAGCCAACCGGGAGCACUGCUUCGACGGCAUCCCCAUCACUAAGAAUGUCCAUGACAACCACUUCUGCACCGUCAACUCCAAGUUCGUGGCAGUCGUCACGGAGAGUGCCGGCGGGGGCGCUUUCAUUGUUAUGCCUGUGUCCCAGUCUGGCCGCCUGGACUCCCACCACCCCAAAGUGUGCGGCCACAAUGGCAACGUGCUGGACAUCAAGUGGAACCCUUUCUGUGAAAACAUCAUAGCAUCCUGCUCUGAGGAUACCUCGGUCCGAGUAUGGGAGAUCCCGGAGGGUGGUCUGAGGCGCAACAUGACGGAAGCGGUGCUGGAGCUGUACGGUCACAGCAGACGGGUGGGUCUGAUAGAGUGGCACCCCACCAGCAGCGGCAUCCUCUUCAGUGCAGGCUACGACUACAAGAUCCUGAUCUGGAACCUGGAGAUAGGCGAGCCAGUGAAAAUGAUCGACUGCCACACUGAUGUCAUCCUCAGCAUGUCUUUCAACACAGACGGCAGUCUGCUGGCCACCAGCUGCAAAGACAAGAAGCUGCGUGUCAUUGAGCCACGCUCUGGGAGAGUCCUUCAGCAAGCCAGCUGCAAGAACCACCGCGUAAACCGAGUUGUGUUCUUGGGCAAUAUGAAGCGGCUGCUCACCACAGGGGUUUCUCGCUGGAAUACCCGGCAGAUCGCUCUCUGGGAUCAGGAGGAUUUGUCCAUGCCAAUUGUGGAGGAGGACAUAGACGGGCUCUCAGGACUGCUGUUUCCCUUCUAUGAUGCUGACACACACAUGUUGUAUCUGGCAGGCAAGGGAGACGGCAACAUCCGUUACUUUGAAAUCACCACAGAGAAGCCGUACAUCCAGUACCUAAUGGAGUUCCGAUCCCCAGCCCCACAGAAAGGACUAGGUGUGAUGCCGAAGCACGGGCUGGAUGUGGCAGCCUGCGAGGUGUACCGCUUCUACAAACUGGUCACCCUCAAGGGUUUGAUUGAGCCCAUUUCCAUGAUUGUGCCAAGGAGGUCAGACACAUACCAGGAGGACAUCUACCCCAUGACGGCAGGAACAGAACCAGCCCUGUCGGCCAGCGAGUGGCUGAGCGGAAUUGAUAGAGACCCGGUUUUGAUGUCCCUGAAGGACGGUUACCAACGGCCAAACCAGGUGGUGUUCAAGGUCCCAGUGAAAGAAAAGAAGAGUGUGGUGGUCAAUGGGAUCGACCUGCUGGAGAACGUACCUCCAAGGACAGAGAACGAGCUCCUGCGGAUGUUCUUCCGGCAGCAGGACGAGCUGCGGCGGCUGAAGGAGGAACUGACCACCAAGGACAUCCGAAUUCGCCAGCUGGAGCUCGAGCUCAACAACCUGAAGAACGUUAGCCCCAACAACGCCUGACCUCUUAGACUCCUGGACUGGCAAAGCUGCUUCCUUUGCCCCCAAUUCUGACCUCCAACAACCUUCUGAGCCCUUCACCCUGCUUUUUUGAUAUAUUUCAUUAUAUCAUAAUUUCAUUCCUGCUGUUACGAGUAGUGGACACAAUAAUAUGGUAACCAUUGGAUAAUGUUAACUGAUGCAAUUACUGGAAUAUUGUAGUAGUGACAAAUAUAAGUACUGAAGGCAAGACAGAUCAGGGAUUGCCACUUAAGCAUUAAAUCGCUGAUAGAGAAUGCAGAGAAUUUUGGCAUUUUCUGUUUUUAUAAGUGUAAAUUAUUGAUCUAGCACACUGUCAAGUGUUAUUCCACACCGCCUAGGUAUUUGUCUCACUUUGCCUAUCCUGUUGUCCAUGUGGCAAUGCCUUGAUCACCGUGCAAAAAAAAAAAAAAAAAAGUCCUCCAUUACUGACCAAACCACCUCCGAAUUGUAAUUUUUGUGUUGAGGUAAAACUGGAGAAGACUAUUACUGCUCCUGUUUUUCUUCCCCAAGGCCUUAGACCCUGCUGCGGACCCAGUUUGCAGCGAGCUGCAACAUUAUCUCAAAAUGGCGGACGAGGAGAGCUUUGCAGACACCGAUCAUGUUUUUCCACAGAGCUGCUUAGCCCGUAACUGCUUUCCGACCUACAGACAGUGGCUAUAAAUUUACUUUGUCACACUGGCGCAUAGCUACUCAAAACAGUCUUUUCCCAAGGACAGCACAUAGUUCACUUUGUUCAGGUAUCUCUUUAUUUAAAUAGCAGGGAAGCAGCAGAGGAGACAUGAAUCCACAGGUGGUGGACGUGUGUCACUACUUGAUUAUAGUCUCAAGGGAAGCUUUGCUGGUUGUUACUGGGUUUUAGGGCUAAUUUUGAUGUUGGGGGGUGAUGUAUAUUUGCUUUUAUUUAUUUUUCACAUCUUACCUUUUUAGCUAUUAACAUGUAUAUUUGUUAAUCCUUUGUUUUGUUUUUUUGUAUGACACGUUGCGCAAGUAAUGAUUGUGAUGCUCUAUAGAUUUUUGCUGAAUGUUUCCGGUUGAGACGGAGCGAGAUUUGUGUGAAAUGGCACCUUAACAGGUAUCAUUUCUUAUUAGUUCUUUGUCUCCAAAAACAUAACAUCUGAUAAGUUAUGAAGCGAUAUUAUUGCCUACUCCUAAAAGUGCAAACUGUAAUUAUAACCGACCCUUUGACAUUUAAACUUUUACUGCUAUUAAUGUUUGUCUGUAGCCGUGUAAUUUUGCUUUAAACAGGUGACGUGCCUCUCCUCCACCUGUACCACCAACACAUUUAGGAUAAAUUGCAGUUUUAUCAUCAAAUCUGGUUUUCUUUCAGCUUUAGGAGAAUUAAUAUUUAAUUGGCACCAUUUUAAGAGCCAAGUUCCAGAAAUGACCAGAGCUCUGUUCUUGGUGGCCUGAGACAAUGGAGAGGACUCCACUGCAUGCAGGGCGAGGAUGGAAAUAGUAAGUUAAUAGCGAGUUGCAGACUGAAGGUCACAAGUCUUUCCUCAUAACAUCAUAGCAGGCGCAUAAAAGGGCCCAAAGCUUUAGUUAGAAAAAUCUAGAGAAAAAAAAACGAGCCCUUGCAAUGCAGACUUGAACGAUGGUAAAUGUUAAAUAAAAGGCUACAGUGAAAGUGAAUUAGCAGCUGGAACUGUGCUGUGUCAGAGCUUCUCAUGUAGGUGGACACACACACACAAAAAAAAGCUGAUUUUUCUUUUUUGUAAAGUAUAACAAGGUAGAAAUGCUUUUGCUUUUGGCUGAAACUUGUUUUAUACAGUUGUUAAACAGCAGUUUUGACCGGAUGGUUACCAUCGCAGAAAAAGUAAACCCAAGCUUAGACUUGCUUAGUAUGGUAGCAAUGUACUGUAGGACUACACUUACUAGGAGUUCAGUCUUGUGCAAAAAAAAAAAAAAAAAAAAAAACAUUCUGGAUUGAUUUUCCAUGUAGAUAAU